CAUGGAUUUCUCUUGUGUGUCCGUCGUGAUGUUGGCGGGCUGCCUCAUUGACCCCGCUCUGAUGUUUGCCUUUGACAAGGAGAUCGUGGACAUGACUGACCAGUUCGACAGUUUCGACUCGAUGUUCGGGAAGGAGAAAGAUGAAGAGACGUACCCCAGGUUGCAGCAGGCGAUCGACGAGCUCAGAGACAGGGUGGAGAACCUCACCGCGGUCGCCGCCACACUCAGGGCAGAAUGUUCGAAAGUGAUGUCAUCACUCCAGUCUCUCUCCGUCGCAGCAGAGCGUUCCGAGUCUCAAUAUCCGGACACUUCCGGUCUGGCGACAACAGUAGAACAUGCUGACAGUGGCCUGCAUGGUAUGAUUACGUCACUAGAAGACAGAACCAACGAACUGUCACAAACAGCAUCAGCUGAUAACACUGUUAACACGGGCCGCGUUCAGGAGAAGAGUUCGGAGACCGAACAGAGGAUCAACACUCUACAAACGACCCUCAGUGAUCGAGCGAAAGCCGUCACCGACUUAAGUUCAACAGACAGAACUGGUACGUCGUGUCCUACUGGCUGGGCUAGCUACGGUGCACACUGUUACGGUUUCUCUGAUCAAAAACAAACUUGGACAAAGAGCUUGGCUCUGUGUUCGUCAACUGGGGGCUACCUACUCGAACUAAACAGCAAACCCGAAUGGGAUUUCAUCGCCUACACAUUUAUGCCUCGACACGGGACACAGUCGAUCUACACGAGCGCCACCGACUUGUUGCUGGAAGGUCACUGGCGGUGGGCGAGGAGCGGGGAUCUCAUCCAGUUCGGCGACGACACCUACAUGAAGUGGGUGGCGGGACAACCGGACAACUGGUACGGGAAAGAGCACUAUGGAGAACUGCGGGCUAGGGACUGGAUGUCGCAUUACUAUCGCCUUAACGAUCUGUUCUACACGUCAGAGUACAAACCAGUCUGUGAGAAACAAAUGUAAUGCACUUAACAGCCUCUAUGUGAUUUCCUGGCUUGUGUGAACAGUGACAAACAUGUGUUUGUGUAUCUCAUCUCAAUAAACAGACUGCUACGACAAAUAAACACGUGUUUGUGUGUCUCGUCUCAAUAAACAGACUGCUACGACAAAUAAACACGUGUUUGUGUGUCUCAUCUCAAUAACCAGACUGCUACAACAAAUAAACACGUGUUUGUGUGUCUCAUCUCAAUAAACAGACUGCUACGACAAAUAAACACGUGUUUGUGUGUCUCAUCUCAAUAAACAGACUGCUACGACAAAUAAACACGUGUUUGUGUCUCAUCUCAAUAAACAGACUGCUACGACAAAUAAACACGUGUUUGUGUGUCUCAUCUCAAUAACCAGAAUGCUACGACAAAUAAACGUGUGUUUGUGUGUCUCAUCUCAAUAACCAGACUGCUACGACAAAUAAACACGUGUCUGUGUGUCUCAUCUCAAUAAACAGACUGCUCCGACAAAUAAACACGUGUCUGUGUGUCUCAUCUCAAUAAACAGACUGCUGCCACAAAUAAACACGUGUCUGUGUGUCUCAUCUCAAUAACCAGACUGCUACGACAAAUAAACACGUGUUAGUGUGUCUCAUCUCAAUAAACAGACGGCUACGACAAAUAAACACGUGUUUGUGUCUCUCAUCUCAAUAAACAGACGGCUACGACAAAUAAACAUGUGUUUGUGUGUCUCAUCCCAAUAAACAGACGGCUACGAUAAAUAAACAUGUGUUUGUGUGUCUCAUCUCAAUAAACAGACUGCUACGACAAAUAAACACGUGUUUGUGUGUCUCAUCCGCUGUAAACAGACGGCUACGACAAAUAAACAUAUGUUUGUGUGUCUCAUCCCAAUAAACAGACGGCUACGACAAAUAAACAUGUGUUUGUGUGUCUCAUCACAAUAAACAGACUGCUACGACAAAUAAACACGUGUGUGUGUGUGUCAUCUCAAUAAACAGACUGCUACGACAAAUAAACACGUGUUAGUGUGUCUCAUCUCAAUAAACAGACGGCUACGACAAAUAAACAGGUGUUUGUGUCUAUCAUCUCAAUAAACAGACGGCUACGACAAAUAAACAUGUGUUUGUGUGUCUCAUCCCAAUAAACAGACGGCUACCACAAAUAAACAUGUGUUUGUGUGUCUCAUCCCAAUAAACAGACUGCUACGACAAAUAAACACGUGUUUGUGUGUCUCAUCUCAAUAAACAGACUGCUACGACAAAUAAACACGUGUUUGUGUGUCUCAUCUCAAUAAACAGACUGCUACGACAAAUAAACACGUGUUUGUGUGUCUCAUCUCAAUAACCAGACUGCUACGACAAAUAAACGUGUGUGUGUGUGUCUC